CGUAAGCGACAGAAGUGGGUUGCGCGGGCUGUCGCGUGUUCUAAGUUCCCGGAUCUUCCUUCCUCUACGUCCGGAUUUGUAGCGUGACCGACGUUUCGUGUCUGCAAAGACUUAAAAAUGCGUUACGUGGCCGCUUACCUCCUGGCUGCUCUCGGAGGAAACACCAGCCCCUCCGCCAAAGACAUCAAGGCCAUCCUGGGCAGCGUGGGAAUCGAGGCCGAUGACGAACGCCUGAACAAGGUCAUAAGUGAGUUGAAUGGAAAGGACAUCAACGAAGUCAUGAACUCCGGCCUCUCCAAGUUGGCCUCUGUACCAGCAGGUGGCGCUGUGGUGGCUCCUGCCGCUGCUGCUGGAGCCGCUGGAGCUGGGCCUGCACCUGCUGCUACGGAAGAGAAAAAGGAAGAGAAGAAGGAAGAAUCUGAGGAGUCUGAUGAAGAUAUGGGAUUUGGACUCUUUGAUUAAUCUUCCUCUCUUUGUUUGAAAAGCAAUAAAAAUGUAAAAUGCUACAAA